AUGGAUCAAGUUGCAGCUAGUGCUUUUGUGGAAUGGGUCAAUACCUUCGACGAGAUUUCACGUCCCGUCUACUCUGUUCAAGAUCUUACCGAUGGUGUCGUCUUGUUCAAAAUCGUUCGUGCUGUAGAUCCCGCGUGGUUCAAGUUAACCACUGAUACCUGUGAGGGCAGUUGGCCUAUUAAAUUCAAUGAGCUUAAGAAGUUGCAUCAAUUACUCAUUCAAUACUGUGAAGAAAUUCUUGGACUAUCCGCUAAAAAUAUCGAAAUGCCUAAUCUGAUAGCUAUUGCGAAGGAUGGUGAUUCAAAUGAGACGAUGAAGCUUUGCUCUCUGGUUCUCACGGUCGCAGUUAGUUCUUCCAAUAAGGCGGCUUACAUUGAAAAGAUCAAUUCCCUUAGUCAAAAGUCAAAGGAAAAAUUGAUGUUAUCCAUCGAAAGCGUGAUGAAUAGAUUAGGAACUUCUCAACCGCAGAGAAAACCACUAGUUUUUGUCCCGGAAGACGGAUUAAAGGAAAUCGCUGCGGAACAUAGAAGGCUUGUGGCUGAAAAAGAUGCGCUCGAAAAAGCCCAUCAGGCCUUGAUGGAAGAACAUACGCGGUUGCGUCAUCAAUUUGAUGAUUUUCAAGUGGAAAACGAAGAGUUGAACCUGAAACUUAAAGAAUUGAAGUUGAUUACAACGCAGUCUUCUCAAAAUUCCGAACCAGAUCCUUUAAUGAGAAUCGAAAUUGAAAACCUUCGUCAUGAAUUAUCUCGUAGUGAAAAUAAGCGCCAUGAAACAGAAUUAUUAAUCGAAAGUCAAAACGUUAUGAUAAAUGAUCUCGUCCGCAAAGUCGAACUUCUUUCUGAACUUGCCGACGAAGCUGCAUUAUUAAAGGGUCAGCUAGACAUGUAUAGAAAUGCCGCUGACAAGCUGAAGAAAACGGAAAAUGUUAUUGAAAAAUAUAAAAAGAAGUUGGAAGAAAGUGCAGAUAUGCGAAAAACAAUAAAGAAUCUGGAACAAGAGAAUCAAACCCUUGUUGAACGUAACCGAGUAAUAGAAGAUAAAUAUCAUAAAAUUGCGGCAUCAAAAUCCUUAACAAAAAGUCGUACGCAGCAAACUAUUGAUCCUCAGCUCGAAAAGAUGGAUUUAAUAAAUCAAAGGAACAAAUAUGAGUUCGAGUGUAAGCGCCUGCAAGCGAAGGUCGAAGCAUAUAAAAAUGAAAAAACUCGUGACAUGGAUAAGAUACGUUUGUUAGAAGAUCGAUUGCGUAAAUUAGAGCCAGACGACGGAAAACGCAUUCAGGAACCAAGAAUGUUGGCAGAUGAAAUGAAAACAGGUGUUUCGAGGGGCGAUACAAUAACUAGCCUGAAGUUAAAGAUUAAUGAACUUGAAUGCGAGUUGGCUAAGAAACGUGAAAAGGAGGCUCAACAGGUUGUUCAAACCGAAGAGGCUGAGUGGGAAGAUCAAAUGAAAAGUGUCAUAAUAGAUCUCGACGAUAAAGCUGACGAUUGGGAAUACCUUUAA